UUUGCAUGAGAGUGAGGGAAGAAUCUCAUUUGUAUUUUCUUGUUUGACCCUACUGUUUAUUAAAAAAUUGGACUGGCUUUGUUUCUCAAGCUAUCAUUUUAAUCCAUAAAACCGCGCGCAGUUGCACGAUGCCCCUUAACGCCAUAAAAAAUGCUUUGAUGGCAAAUGUCAAAGGAAUCUUUUGUGAAUUCAAGUCAGCUUUAACCCAGUUUUGGUGGUCGCGGCUUUGCUUGUGUUAGUCACCAGAGGAGAUGUUUUCGGCCGGAGAGGAGGUCACGUCCAGCUUGUUGAGCUCCGGAGGAGGUGCGAUUUCCCCUGCCUUGGAGCUGAGCCUCACCAGCGCGUACACCGUCCUGUACUCGCUCCUCUUCUGCUUCGUCUACCUGCAGCUGUGGCUCCUUCUGCACUACGGAUACAAGCGCUUCAGCUACCAGAGUGCCUUCUUGUUCCUGUGCUUGCUGUGGGCAGCGCUCAGGACAACCCUCUUCUCUUUCUACUUUGAAAAUGGGGCGCAGGCCAAACAGUUGCAGCCGCUGGCCUACUGGCUGCUCUACUGCUGCCCGGUGUGCCUCCAGUUCUUCACCCUUUGCCUGCUCAACCUCUACUUUUGGCAGGUGGUGUUUAAGGCAAAGGCCAAGUACUCCCCAGAGCUCAACAAAUACAGGGUUGCUCUAUCAUUGUUCUUCCUGUCCCUCUGUAUAUUGUUUCUUGUGGUGAAUUUAACAUGCGCAUUGUUGGUGCGAGGAGCUUUGGAGCAUUCUGAAUUGCCAAGAAAUGUGAGACACGCUGUUUUGGCUCACGUCCUGAUCAACGACAGUCUUUUUGUCCUGUGUGCUGUGUCUUUGGCCGUCUGCAUCUUCCGCAUCGCCAAGAUGUCUUCGGCUAAUGUUUUCCUCCAAUCCAAGGGGACAUCAGUGUGUCAGGCGACUGCCUUAGGAGCGAUGGUAAUUCUCCUCUACACAUCGAGAGCUUGUUACAACCUGGUGGCGGCACUGUCUCCAAUGGGCAGACCCGAUUUGUGCAACUACAGCUGGUACAGUGUUUCUGAUCAGGCUGUGUUGAAGCUCAGCGGCGAGGCCUACAUGGUGUUUGGGAUCAUUUUGUUCUUCUGGGAGCUCCUGCCUACAAGUUUGAUGUUGCUUUACUUCCGCGUCCAGAAGCCCAAUCAGAACCUGGUUCCCGCAGGAAUCCUCAACAGCCACACUUUCGGCUCCAAGGAUUCUUUUUUUGACAACCCGAGGCGAUACGACAGUGAGGACGACCUGUCCAGAAGCAACAGGGGCGAUCGGGCCAGCCUGCCCUCUUCCACUGCACAGCCUAAUUGCGUGUCUAGUUGGUACGGCUCUAUCCAGUGUAACGGGAGCCUUGUGUCGACCCAGCCACUGCCGUCCUCCACGGCCCCGCUCCUAUUCGCUUAUGGAAACGUCCAGAGCACCCAGCACCACCACCACAACUACUACUCCACGCCACAAAGUAACCAGCACCAUCACGGUUAUUAUUACUCUACCCCUCAGAACUGAGUAGAUAAAAGUCCUCCUUUUUGGAACCAUUGCCCUUCUCCUCCAAGCUUGGAGAACAACGAUUGUUUGAUGAGAAAUAUGAGGUCCAAAAUUCCUGACCAUGAUCCUCACAAUCAUGCUUUUAUGGGGGUCCAUCCAUCCAUUAAAACUACAAUCCAUCCAUUACCACCUACAAUAGUCUUGAUUUAGAAUUGAAAAUACAUUCGUUUGAAAGAAACAAAAAGGCUAUCACCGGACACUUAAUUAGGACACUUAAUGAGAAUCAUUACAAGAAGUGAAUCAAAAGGUCAGAUUAAACUAAAAUCUUGCUCAGAGCGCUGACCUCCAAGGUCCAACCUUUAACCAAAGCGAAAAAGCUUGGUUUCUGUUUUUGUUUGUCUUUCCGUAUCUAUGUCCUGAUUUCAUGUUUUGGGGGGGGGGGGGGCAUUCCGGCUCGGUCCCAUCAUAUCUCAGCAUUCACACAUAUUUUCUAUGUUCAUAGCACGAGUAUUAUUGUGGUUGUAUUUUGCUGUAAUAUUUUGGAUACCAUCCGUCAAUCCAUUUUCCACACCGCUUAUCCCCACUUGGGUCGCAGGUGAGCUGGUACCUCUCCUAGCUGAUUUAAGGCGAAUGGCGGGGUACACCCUGGACUGGUCGCCUGCCAAUCGCAGGGCAUUUUGGAUACCGUUUGCAAAAUAUGCUCAUAAUGUCUGACAGCAUCAAUCGGAACACUAUUAUCUUUUUGAUUUUUCUUUGAUUUUUGAUUCAGCUCUGAUGUGUGAUUAUUUACUGUAGGUGUCUGUAAUGUGUUGUGGCUGAUGAGUGAUUUGCAGAAACCAAAUGAACCCCUCAAGGGUCAUCUAGCGGUACUUGCCUUGAAGUAAGACCUUUCAGGGAUUAGGUCCCCUUUUCAAUGUCUGCCAGAUGGUCUAAAGAGUUGAGAUCUUUUAACUGCUCAGUUAUUACAUUUUCAAGAAAUAUUUAAAUUGGUCAAUAUCACUAUGAAGUGCCUUUGGUGUUCUCUUUUGAAUCAAUAGUCACCAUGAAAAUGUGGCAGAAUAUAAGUUUGUCAAAAUGCAGUUUCUUUUAUAGCAAUUUUUUGUUGUUGUUCAUUUGAUGAUGAUUUGAUGAUAGUGAUUUUCGCAUUUUCCACUCAAUGCUCUGCCAAGUACAGUGAGUGCAAUAAGUGGUUCAAUGAUUCUAAAUUAAAAAAAAAUUAACAUGGUUUUAUCUCCACAUCAAGUUAUUAAAUAACAUGAGUCAUUUGGAUAAAUAUAAAAAAUAUAUACAUAUUUUGGGUGAGAUGGGGAAGUCCCAAAAGGGACAAUACGGUGAUAGUGACUCAGGUGGUUCUGGGGGAGCACUGUGAAACGUGGUCAGCACGUCUUGCUCAACACUCAGAUGUUUUCAGUUUGAAUGUGUUGAGUUUGCAUGUUCUACCCGUGCUCGUGAGGGUUUUCUCCAGGUACUACGUCCCCGCCCCCAAUGUUCCAAAAACAAGCAUGUUAGGUUAAUCGAACACUCAAAAUGACCCAUAGGUGUGAAUGGUUGCAUUUAUAUGCACCUGCGGAUUAACUGGUGACCAGUCCAGGCAUGUCAACUGGGAUAGGCUGAAGCUAAUCCAUGACCCAGGACAGGAUAAGCAUCAAGCAAAUGAAUGGAUGGAAGCUGUCUGUUGAGAAAAUAAUUAAGUGUACCCCAACACAUCAUGACUGAAUGUGAUCUGCAGCAGUUUUACAGUUGCAAAUAUCAACACAGUACCACAAAGCUAAGUAUAUUUGCACCAUCUAUGGUAGGUGUCAUAGUAAUCAAGAAUAAGAUUGUCGUGGUCCACAGGCUGGACAGCUUGGCCAAAAACCUUUAUAAGCUUCGCUGCAACUUUUUGCACUCGGAUGUGUUUAUCCUAUGAGAGAGGAAGGAGACGUCACUCUGCCAUCACGUCAAAUCUCAUACUUUCAUUCCUCUAGGAAAAUAUGUUUGCACAAGAUAUGGUCAAGUGAUGUAUGUAUUGAAUCAUUUGCAUGUUUCUAUUUGAAAGUCAUUAUGUUUGUGAUCUGAACAACGAGGAUGCUUAAUAUGCUUUUGUUUUUUUUUUAUUCACCAUAGCUUUACUGAUUUAACAAGUUUGUACUUUUACAUUGUUUUCCCAUUAUCACUAAUUGAAUGAUUUCUUUGUGUUUGGUGUCUGACCUAUUUUCUGAAAGCAAGUUAACAAACAUGUCGUGUGUUAAAUCUAAUAGCGAAAUUAGAUCAACAAGUGAUUGUAGCCUCUAUAUGCCCUGAACUUGACGAGAAGCCCACGUUCAAGCGGGAGAAGAUUAACAAUAUCUCAUGUUUUUGCCUUUUUUUUUUCCAUGAAAAAAAACAUUAAAAUUUUAACUACAAAAAAAUAACAUCCUUUUUGCAAGCUUGGAGUUUAAAUCACACCCUCUCUUUUCUGAAAGGAAGAUACAAUAGGUAGCUACAUUAUGAUCCCAAUGGAGAUUCCAGAAAAGGAAAGCUAGUGGCAAAUAUGGGUCCACAAGCUGGUAGAGUUCAAAUUCAGACUGUAUUUCAAACAAGCUUUGGCAGAAGGAAACUGCAGCCAGCGUGUUCUUGAAAUGUGGUCAGUUUGCAAAAAGUUUUUGUUUCUUGAAAGGUCAGUGAAGGAAGUUCUCUGUUCCAUUUUUUAAGUAGCCUGUGCAGUGCAUGGCUCUGCAUCAUAAUACAAGUCAACAUCUUUAUGUUCGAUGAUAAUCCCUCAAGAAAAGUUGUCUUUUACCCAUGAGGACCAUACUGAAUGUAACCUGUUUUGUGACAGACAAACCACUAAUGUCAUUAAAAUAAAUGAGCACUAUGUUUGAAUCAAAGCUUACUGCACUGUUUCUGAGGUAAAAGUCAAACAAAGUUAGACACAUGAUUUUUACUCUUGGAGGUCUUGAAAUUACCAGCUAAAUCUGAAAGGAGCAACAUGCACGGCAAAGAAAAGUACCCA